AUGAAUAUAACGAAUAAUAACAAUAGUUCUUAUACACCGAUACUUUUUGAUCAACAAUUAAGAUUAGUUGAACAAAUCGUUUUAACAACUAUGUUUAUCUCAGCAUUAAUUGGUAAUAUUCUAGUAUUAAUUGUUAUGUUAACAAAAAGAAAUCGACGAACAACACGAAUGGCUUUUUUUAUACUUCAUUUAACAAUAGCUGAUUUACUUGUUGCCAUUUUCAGUGUUCUGCCGAUGUUUAUAUGGAAAACGAUGCCAACAUUUUUCGACGGUGAUAUCAUAUGUCGACUUGUGACGUUUCUUAUGUUAUUCUCAACAUAUAUUUCUGUUUAUACUCUUGUUGUCAUGACGAUUGAUCGUCAUCAAGCAAUUGUUCAUCCAUUAUCAACAUAUACUUGGACAUCACAUACAGGUCUUUUCUAUAUGAUUGCUGUCUGGUGUUUAAGUAUUAUUCUUGCAUUACCACAAUUAUUUAUAUUUCGUUCGGAAUACGAUCCAAUAAAUAAAAUUAAAGGAUGUCGAGCUAAAUUUCUUGGAACAGAUAAAACAUGGGAAUUAGCUUAUAUUGUAUGGACAAUAGUUGUUCAAUUCUUUUUGCCUAUAUGUGUAUUAUUAUAUUGCUAUGGUUCAGUUUAUUUAAUUGUAAAUCGAAAUUUUUCAAUGUAUCGUUUAUCUGAUAAUGCUCGGACAAUGAGUAUGGCAAAUUUACCUGCAAUUAAUAUACCAAAAAAUUUAAGUAAUUUAUCAUCAUCAAUAAUUACAUUAGAUCGAAAUUUAAAGUCAAUUCGUAAAAAUCAUAUACAUAUUCAUUAUCCAUCUGUUGAAUGUUCAAGUGUAUCAACUGUGAUAUUUAAUAAACGACCUCCUCCAUCAGUUAUGUAUCCAGUUGUAUUUCGUUUACGACGUUCAUCAAUUGAAGUACCACCAUCACCACAUUAUAGUUCAAUUAGUUUAGAUAGACCAAAAGUUCAACCACGUUAUGGUGCAAGUCAUUUUUUAUCGCGAGCACGUCUUAAAACAAUUAAAUUAACAUUUAUUGUUGUUCUUGCUUAUAUACUUUGUUCAACACCAUUUUAUAUAGGAUCGAUUGUAAUGGCUGUAAAUGGAAAAUUUUUAUCACAGAAAACAAUGAACUGGUUGAUGACUAUUUUUAGUCUUUUAUUGAAUUUAAAUAGUUGUUCAAAUCCAAUUAUAUGUUUGACAUUAAGUAGUACAUUAUUUCGACGUAAACGUGAUCAUAAAGAACCAUUAGUUGUAUCAAAAAAAAGUCAAACAAAUAAUGAAAAAAAUGUUCUGACACAAAAGAAUCAAAAUCUUUCAAAACAUUUUUUAUUCUUAUAA